UGGUCCAGUUCCAGUGCUAGUGAUGUCUCUGCUGUUCAUUGCGUCCGUAUUCAUGCUGCACAUCUGGGGCAAGUACACUCGCUCGUAAGGACGCCCUAGUUUUUUUUUCUUCUUCUAAGUAAGCCGCGUUCCCUGCUGGUGGAAUUCACUUCACAUAAGACGCAUUCACUUUAUACUAUUAUAACUCUUAACAUUAUCGUAUCCUGGGUGAGUUUCACUUCCGAUGCAUGCCCGGGUGGCAUUUUUCCUUAUAUUUUUUUCGAGUGUUGGUAGCGUUUCGGAGAAGAUAUUCUUUUCUGAGCAAGAUUCAUGAACCCGUAUGGUUUUGUACUGAUGUGUCGAUUCUUAUAAAAGAAUAUACAAAAUAAUUUAAUUCGCAAAAUGGAGAUAUCGUUAUCAUUUGAAAAAGUAUAAUAAAAAAACAGAGAAUAAUAAGAUUAU